AUGAACACCAUCGUCUUCAACAAGCUCAGUGGCCAAGUGCUCUUCGAAGAAAGCGCCAAGGAGCGGGACAGGAGCAGCAGCCGGCCUUACGGGGCGGUCUUGGACGUCUCCCCGCACCCGGAGGUCCUCCUGCCCGACAGCCCUCCCAGUAAAGACAACCUCAGCCUUCGCCAUAGGAGGACGGGUACCCGGCAGAACAGCGGGAAGGUGAGGCACAAGCGCCAGGCUCUGCAGGACAUGGCACGACCACUGAAGCAGUGGUUGUAUAAGCACCGGGAUAAUCCCUACCCUACUAAGACAGAGAAGAUCUUGCUGGCUCUUGGCUCCCAGAUGACUCUAGUCCAGGUGUCAAACUGGUUUGCCAAUGCAAGGCGGCGCCUUAAAAAUACUGUCCGGCAACCGGAUCUCAGUUGGGCUUUACGAAUAAAGCUAUACAACAAGUAUGUUCAAGGAAAUGCUGAACGACUUAGUGUAAGCAGUGAUGAUUCGUGUUCAGAAGAUGGUGAAAACCCUCCACGAAAUGAAGGAGGAUACAACACACAAGUUCAUCAUACUGUGAUUAAAACGGAAAGUUCUGUCAUAAAAUCUGGAGUAAGACCAGAAGGAAGCGCCAAUGAGGAUUAUGUAGCACCUCCUAAAUACAAAAACAGCUUAUUGAAUCGCUACCUGAAUGACUCGUUAAGACAUGUCAUGGCCACAAAUGCAGCCAUGAUGGAAAAAACGAGACAGAGAAAUCAUUCGGGAUCAUUUAGCUCCAAUGAAUUUGAAGAAGAACUGGUGUCACCAUCAUCCUCCGAGACUGAAGGAAAUUUUGUCUACCGGACAGAAACGCUGGAGAAUGGACCUAGCAAGUGUGAAAGCGCAGCUAACAGAAAAAGAUCAAACAAAGACGAGACGUAUUGGAAGGAGAUCAAUGCAGCAAUGGCCUUAACAAAUCUUGCCCAAGGAAAGGACAAACUGCAGGGCACAACCAGCUGUAUCAUUCAGAAAUCCUCACAUAUAUCAGAAGUGAAGACUGUCAAAGUUCCACUAGUGCCACCACCAUUUUAGAAGAAAAACUGGUUUGCCCUGCUUUUCCCUC